AUGGCACCGCAAGCCCAAUUCCCCCCUCCUCCAGUCGACACAAUUGACUGGAACAAUGUCGGCUUCAAAGUCCGCGAAGUAAACGGCCACGUCGAAGCCCGCUACACCGCGUCUACAAAAUCCUGGACCGCCCCCCAGCUCGUCAAAUCUCCCUACCUACCCAUCCACGGGAUGGCCCCCGGUCUCAACUACGGCCAGCAAGCCUACGAAGGCCUCAAGGCCUUCCGCCACCCAUCGAACAACAAAAUCACCAUAUUCCGCCCAGACCGCAACGCCGCACGCAUGCAGCGCUCCGCAGAGUUCAUCUCCGUCCCGCCCGUCCCGGAAUCGCUAUUCCUCGAAGCCGUGGAGCUGGCUGUUGCCGCGAACGCGGGGUUCGUGCCGCCCCACGAGACUGGCGCGGCGAUGUACAUCCGCCCGCUGAUUUUCGGGUCGUCGGCGCAGCUGGGCCUUUCGCCGCCUGAGGAGUAUACUUUUGUUGUGUUUGUGAUGCCGACGGGGGUGUAUCAUGGUGUUCAUGCCGUUGAUGCGCUGGUGUUGGAGGAUUUCGACCGGUCUGCGCCGGAGGGGACGGGGAGUGCCAAAGUUGGUGGGAACUAUGCGCCUGUGCUGCGACACAGUGCGAAGGCGCAUCAUGAGGGGUUCGGGAUUACGCUGCAUUUGGAUAGUCGGACGAGGUCGGAGAUUGAUGAGUUUUCGACUAGUGCGAUGAUUGCGGUGAAGAGGGAUAAGGGGAGCGGACAGAUUACGCUGGUGCAGCCGGAUAGUCCGAAUGUGAUUGAUUCUGUGACGGCGGCGUCGGUGUGUGAGAUUGGGAAGCGCUGGUUUGGGUAUGGGGUUGAGAAGAGGAGAAUUCCGUAUGAGGAGUUGAGUGAGUUUGAGGAGGUCAUGGCUGCUGGCACGGCGGCGGCGUUGGUUCCUAUUCGCAGCAUUACGAGGCGCUCGACUGGGGAUAAGUUUUCAUAUGAAAGUGGCGGCGAGAGUGCUGGGGGUGGGGAUAUUUGCGUGAAGCUUUUGUCCACGUUGAAGGGAAUUCAGCUGGGCAAGGUUGAAGAGAACUUGGGAUGGAACCUUGUUGUGAAGGCGCCCCCAGUGGAGUGGGUGGAAGCUGCUGAGAAAGAGCAGUCGGGGAUUGAGGUUCCUUGA